UUAGCCCGUGUCUUACCGGCAACCCCACUUCUGGGUGUUUGCAAAUCAGUUUAUUUGGGAGAGCCCGUGGUGACCGCAUGAGUGGAGCCCAGCUGUGUGGGUGCCCAGCAUGGAUGACUACGCAGUCCUGAGAGUGAUCGGAGAGGGCUCCUUUGGCAGAGUGCUGUUGGUUCAGCAGGAAUGCAGUAAUUGGAUGUUUGCCAUGAAAGAAAUAAGGCUUCCCAAGUCUUUCUCUGAUACACAGAAUUCUAGGAAGGAGGCUGUUCUGUUAGCCAAAAUGAAACAUCCUAAUAUUGUUGCCUUUAAAGAGUCAUUUGAAGAGGAAGGACAUCUGUAUAUUGUGAUGGAAUAUUGUGAUGGAGGAGAUCUAAUGCAGAAGAUUAAACAACAAAAAGGGAAGUUAUUUCCUGAAGAUAUGAUACUUAAUUGGUUUACACAAGUGUGCCUUGGAGUAAAUCACAUUCACAGGAAACGUGUGCUACACAGAGAUAUCAAGUCCAAGAAUAUCUUCCUCACCCAAAAUGGAAACGUAAAAUUGGGAGACUUUGGAUCCGCCCGUCUUCUCUCCAAUCCGAUGGCGUUUGCUUGCACAUAUGUGGGAACACCUUACUAUGUGCCUCCAGAAAUUUGGGAAAACCUGCCUUAUAACAAUAAAAGUGACAUCUGGUCCUUGGGAUGCAUUCUGUAUGAACUCUGCACUCUUAAGCAUCCGUUUCAAGCAAAUAGUUGGAAAAAUCUUAUCCUCAAAAUAUGUCAAGGGUCCAUCAGCCCACUGCCGUCUCAUUACUCCUACGAGCUUCAGUAUCUUAUCAAGCAGAUGUUUAAAAGGAAUCCUUCACACCGCCCCUCCGCCACAACACUGCUCUCUCGAGGCCGGGUCGCUCAGCUUGUCCAAAAGUGCUUAUCCCCCAAGAUUAUCACAGAGUAUGGUGAACAGGUAUUAGAAGAAACCAAAAAAUCUAAGCAUAAUACAACAAGCAAAAAGGCAGAUCCCAGCAGGAUCAAGAUAACUUUGGGAAAUGAAGCAAACAUGGUGCCAGUGGAAGAACAAGGUAGAAAAUAUAGCCAUAGUGAUUUAGAAAGCAGUGUUAAAAAUGCAUUGGGAAGAGUUAACCGAGAAGAAAAAGGUAAUAAAUCAGUCCAUCUGAGAAAAGCCAGUUCACCAAGUCCUCACAGGCGACAGUGGGAGAAAAAUGUAUCCAACACAACUCUUAGAGCUUUGGAGAAUGCAUCUGUACUCACCUCCAGUUUAACGGCAGAGGCUGAUAAAGGAGGCUCUGUAAUAAAGUACAGUGACAGUUCUACUCGUAAGCAAUGGCUCAGGGAAACCCCAGACACCCUGUUGAACAUCCUUAAGAAUGCUGAUCUCAGCUUGGCAUUCCAAACAUACACAAUAUACAGACCAGGCUCAGAAGGAUUCUUGAAAGGCCCCCUGUGUGAAGAAACAGAAGCAUCAGACAAUGUCGAUGGAGGUCACGAUUCUGUCAUUUUGGACCCAGAGCGACUCGAGCCUGAGCUGGACGAGGAUGACACGGACUUCGAGGAAGACGACGACAGCCCCGAUUGGGUGUCAGAACUGAAGAAGCGAGCUGGGUGGCAAGGCAUGUCCGAUGGAUAAUGCCUGGGGAAAUGUUCCCAGAGGCACACUGAGGACAUGCUUCGAAUCAGGAAUUCGUGUUGGAGUAACUAUUCAUGGGAUGUAUAUUUUUCUUUGGAAACA